AAAUGUUUCUGUAAUUUGCUUUCGUUACAUACAUACCCACAUACGCGAAGGCGCAAGUGCGAAAUCUAACGACAACAAUGUUGUCUGCUCGGUAGUAAAAUGACAAUAAGCAUAGAUAACUUGAUACGAGACUCUUUGGUUCGAGAGAGAGCUGUCAAAAUUCGCAUUUUUUAUAACAUUUGCCAAUGAUGCCACUGCUGAAAAAUAUUAACUUGGGUAUUUAAUAAAUUAUACAAAACACUAAAUUAAACACUUUGAAAAUGCAUACAUACAUAUAUAUGUAAAUGCUAAAAUGCAAAAUCAUUAAUUAAUUUACAUAAACAUUUAUUUUGCCAAAAUAUGUUCGCACAGUUUCAUUUCACACUAAUUUCGUCAAGUAAUUAUAGCGCUGCUUUUCUGGCAUCCCGCCUUUUUCACUAACUGCUGGUUGACGGCACCCUGAUUGUGUUUUGUUGCCAGCUCAGAAAACAGAUCAGCUGCAAGCGAGAGAGCAAGAAAAGAGAUUCUAAUCAAGUUAUCUAUGACAAUAAGAGAAUGACGAAUAUUACAAAUUACAAAUGUUUGCUUUGGCAUGUGCACUGGUACAUACAUACAUAUGCAUGCGCUAAGGCGCUAUCUACGAUUUGACAUGCGCUCUCUUCUAUGUUGCACGAAUAUGUAUGUACGAGCUAAGACAUGCGCACUCUACUUUGUUUUAUAUUCACACAUACAUACUUACAAACAUAUGUAUGUAUAUACAUAUGUAUGGGCGAAGACGCAAGUGCAAAAUCUAACAGAAAUAUUGUUGUCGGCGUUAUUUUGAUUAGAAGUGUUAUUGCUUUAGGUAAGCUUUGAGUCAGUUCAGUUUUCUUCCAAAAGUCAAGGCGGCUAUUACCAACGAAUACAUACAUACUACAUCGAAUUUCAGUUCAGAUUCAGAUUAAUUAUUAAAAAUAAAAUGCCAAACCAAAGGCGAAUUAGACGAAAAAGGAGUUUAACAGGUCGAAGAGAAGAGGUGAAUGUUAUAGAUAAAAAGGAAUUUUUAAUUGUUAAUGUAUGUAUGUAUAUGAAUUGACCUGUUUUAUUAGAGCCAUGGUCAUGCAGGAUCUAUGGCAAGUUAUUUCAAAGCUGCCCUAAACUCCGUAGUCUUUCGGAGUAUAGUUCGCUUGGGGGUUUGACUAAUAUAUGUUUACACUGUAAAGCAAAACAUUUCGGAAGUGAAAAGGUAAGAAAUGGCUUUACGACAUGUUGUCAUGGCGGAAAAGUUAAACUUCAAGAAUUACGUGUACCUGAGUUUUUGAAAGCUGUGUAAGAAAAUGAUUUGAGCUCUUGGCGGAGACACUAUUUGGAGAAUAUUCGGCAGCUAAACAGUUCGUUUGCUUUUGCACCAUUCGAAGCGAAAUUUGCGGAGCGUACAGGGCGCGGACCAUAUUGCUUCCGAAUACAUGGAUCAAUAUAUCAUAGGGUAGGUCCAUUGCAUGCAGAUCAUCCUUCGGAAUUCUCCUACGCCCAGCUGUUUAUUGUUGACACGGAUCAAGCAACUGAUAUAAGGGCACAACAUAAUUCAAACUGCGAUAGGUAUUUGCUGAGAGAAAUCCACGAAAUGCUUUCAAAUAUUAACCCCUUGGCAAAUGAGUAUAAGCAUAUGGCGCAGGUUGAACGCGAAGAGGAACAGAGGGCCAGAGAAGAAAAUCGCAAUGCUCGCCGAAUUAGCAUGCUUCUUUUUAACAGCACUGAUCGACGUUAUAUUUUGCCAAACUGCUCAGAAAUUGAGGCCGUUUUCACAACAGAGGAUGGUGAACCACCUGGAAAUCGAAAUUUGCGAAUAUUUUCAUGGAAAUCUAAUAUGCAGAAUUUAUUAUUUGUCUCAACGCUACAUAGGUUGUGUGAUCCAUUAGUAUAUCCGCUUUUGUUUCCUUAUGGCGAGUCAGGAUAUGAUGAAACUCUUCUGCAUGAACAGGGUCAUCGUACGGAAUGUAGAUUUAAAUUAACCCAACUGCAGUUUGUUGCUUACCUUAUGGCGAUAAGAGAAGGUUUCAGCUUGCUUCAUGCGUCAGGUAAACUUUGGCAACAGUAUUUAGUUGACCAAUAUGUCAGAAUUGAAGGAGCACGUCUGGCAUUUCUGCGAACUCAUCAGAAAGAGCUACGUGUUGAAACAUAUGCUGGUUUGCAUGACUACUUAAUGCGUGGUGCAAAUAUGGAAAGUGUUCGUCCUGGUCGUAUAGUUGUACUUCCUUCAAGUUUUGUUGGCUCUCCUCGAAAUAUGAACAUGCAUUACCAGUAUGCUAUGGCUAUGGUUAGAAAAUAUGGAAAACCGUCGCUUUUCAUAACUUUUACAUGCAACCCAAAAUGGCCAGAAGUCAUUCAGAAUAUUGAGAGAUACCAGGGACCGGAAAUGUGUCCAGAACUGAUAGCCCGGGUUUUUAAGCAGAAGCUCAAUGAGCUUAUGAAAUAUAUUUCCCGAGAGGAAUGUGUUUGGAAAGGUGAAAUACUACCUAAAUGUCAUUGAGUUUCAAAAACGGGGUCUACCACAUCCCCACAUCUUAGUAGCACUUCACGAAGAAGAUGUUAUUCGCGACCCUUCUGAAAUUGACCUGGUUGUUUGCGCUGAGAUUCCUAAUAAGGAGGCAGAGCCUGAGUUGUAUGAAAUAGUCUCAAAAUGUAUGAUUCAUGGCCCAUGUGGAUUACUUAAUCCAUCAUCGCCUUGCAUGACUGAUACGGGAAUUUGCUCCAAAAACUAUCCGAAAACUUUUCAUGCUAAUACGCUUUCAAACGUUAACGGCUAUCCUCAAUAUCGCCGCCACAAUGAUGGAAAUAAAAUAGUUGUUCGUGCCAAUAAACAUUUAAUUGAAAUAGACAUCCGAUGGAUAGUCCCAUACAACAAAUAUCUGACCAAAAAAUACAGUGCCCAUAUUAAUGUCGAAAUAUGUUCAUCAAUAAAAAGCGUUAAAUACCUCCACAAAUAUAUUUACAAAGGAUAUGAUUGCGCAACAGUUCAAAUUAUUGAACACCCAAUUGAUCGCGUGGAUAAUCAUGAUGAAAUAUCUACAUUUAUAGACGCUCGAUAUGUUAGUGCGCCUGAAGCCUGUUGGAGGCUUUUGGAAUUUUCAAUGCAAGAAAAGUCGCACAUGGUAAAAGCUCUAGCCGUUCACCUUCCAGACUCACAAAAUAUUUAUUUUCGUGAUGAUAAUGCUGCGAUUUCUGAUACCCUUGCUCGAUGCCGCGAUACCACUUUAACCGCAUAUUUUAAAUUGAAUGCGAUAGAUCCAUUUGCGAAUACUUUGUUGUAUUAUCAAAUUCCUGAGUACUAUACUUGGCAAUAUGCGUCGCGCUCAUGGCAAAGAAGAAAACGACCGAGUAAUGCAAUUGGUAGAAUGUAGACGGUCGAUCCAAAAAAUCGGGAACUCUUUGCUUUACGUUUAUUACUUACUUCGUUAAAAGGACCGAGGUCGUAUUCAGAUAUAUUAACCGUGAACAGGGAACAUCUCUCUUCUUAUUGGGAAUCAGCAGUAAAGAGAAAGUUGCUAGCGGAUGACACAGAGUGGACCGCUGCACUUGAAGAAGCAUCUGUCUUUAAAAUGCCUGUGCAAC